AUGCCAGAGCAAGAGGGAUCUGAGAACUUUAGCUGUCACCUCAGUCCAUCUCCUUUUCGGCUUUUGGCUCAGAGGAAGCUACUGUGCAACUUUCUUUGGUUGUCCCCAGUCUGGGUUCAUCCAACACCAGCCAUCAAGUUCAACCCCAACAAGAUCAAAGUCAUGUAUUUGAGGUGCACUGGAGGUGAGGUCAGUGCCACAUCUACCUUAUCCCCUAAGAUCAGUCCUCUGGGUCUGUCUCCAAAAAAUGGUGAUGACAUUGCCAAGGCUACUGGUGACUGGAAAGGUCUCAGGGUUACAGUGACACUGGCCAUCCAGAAAAGACAGGUCCAGACUGAGGUGUUACCCUCUGCCUCUGCCCUGAUCAUCAAAGCCCUCAAGGAGCUGCCAACAGAGACUCAGAAGAACAUUCAACAUAGUGGAAACAUCACUUUUGAUGAAACUGUCAACAUUGCCCACCAGAUGAGACACCUGUCUUUGGCCAGAGAACUUUCUGGAACUAUCAAGGAGAUUCUGGUUACUGCACAAUCUGUGGGCUGCAAUGUGGAUGGCCGCCACCCUGGUGUCAUCAUAGAUGACAUCAACAGUGGUGUGGUGGAGUGCCCAGCUAGUUAA